AUGCAGAAACUAUUAAUUCUCUUGGCUAUCUGCUUCGUUCUCAUCGAAUUCUCAACAGCAUACCCUUAUGGCGGAUACGGCAUGAUGGGAGGAUAUGGAGGCUACCCUUACGGUAUGAUGGGACGAGGGUACGGAAUGUACGGCAGAGGCAUGUAUGGUCGAGGAAUGAUGGGAGGCAUGUAUCCAGGAAUGAUGGGAGGAUACCCAGGAAUGAUGGGCAUGUACCCUGGAAUGAUGGGCAUGUACGGCAAAUAA